AUCUUUGUACCAAAUCAACAAUAAUAUAAGCCCCUUUCUCCUUGAACAAGUUUACCGCCUCCAUCUCUCAACUCCGUAUCGGUCCCCCCCCCAAAUUUGCUGGCAUCGAAGUACCCUCGAGUGGUAUGUCAGGUGUGAUCGACAUGACAGCAGCAACUCGAUACUGCAACCAAGAUGGCAAGGAAGACUUCGGCGACUUCAUAUGAUAAAACGAGAACCUCGGAUGUCUUCUAUCCCAUCCGCCUUGGAGACCUGAUCAACGAGAGGUACCUGAUAGAGCAUAAGCUUGGAUCCGGCGGCUUCUCGACUGUCUGGAUAGCCCAUGACCAACAAUGUAGCAGGGACGUUGCCCUCAAGAUUAUGUUUGCAGGAGAAUCGGGUGAAAGUGAAAUCCGCCUGCAGGACGAAAUCGUUCGGAAUGUGCGUGAUGCCUCCUCUCAUUUUGUGACGUACCUGGAAACCUUUCUACUUCCAGGAGAUGGAUGUCACCAUACGGUUCAAGUAUUUCCCUUAAUGGGCUCAUGUCUUUACUGUCCGAACGUGAUAAAAAUGUCCAUGACUACUCGCAUGUCCGCUGCUCUGCAAUUGCUAGAGGCGUUGGAGAGUUUACACGAGGCCGGAAUAGUCCACCGUGACUUGAAUGAGAGAAAUUGUAUGUGGGGAAUGCAACCCCUCCACCAUCUACCCAGGAGUGCCAAAUACAAGGCAUUGGGCCGGCCAUUGAAGCAAACAAUACCGGUGGACGAUCUCUGGAAGGACGGGGAGCUCGUUGGACCUGCUAAUAUCCCCCAAAGCCUACAAACCCCAAAAUUCUAUCUCGGCGACUUUGGUCUGGCAAAGAAACUGAGCGAUCCCGUGACUCCACGUGGCUAUCCACCAUUACAAUAUUGCUCCCCGGACCGCCUGCAUAGACAAGAUCCCAGUCCUGCCUGCGACAUGUGGAGUUACAUGAUCCUCUUUUCGGAACUUUACUGCCUUGGUAACGUACCCUUUUCUACGUUUUUCAAUGGUGGAAUUAUUGGUGGUUUCGUGUUGUCUUUAGGUCCUCUGCCCGAGGAGUGGAAGGGACUCUACUACUAUACUCAUCCCGAGAGCCGUGAUUAUUCCUGGUAUGACCAGAACCAAACUCCCGAUCCCAAAUGGACUCUUGAGUCGAGAAUUGCACGUUUUCGUCCCGAUGUCGACCCAGUGGAGCGAAGCCAUGUGCUUUCUAUUAUGUCUCGUGUGUUCACUUAUGACCCGGCGAAGCGUCUGACCUCAUCCCAGCUUCUGCGUGACCCUUCGUUUAGAGCUAUCAUGAAAAAUUAUGGUUGUUGAUACCAAGUUUUUGUAUGCUUUUCUCUUUUUCGUUUAGGGUUUUAGUGGGUGUAAUUUCAUCAAGUGAUAUAGCUGGCUAGAUAUAUAUUCGACGGAUAUAAUAUAGAAUGCAAAC